AGGGUCAAACCCUAACACAUAAAGUAGAUGAAACUUCUUUAAAGAAACUAAAUCGAAUGGAAAAGUUAGCCAUAAAACUCACUUAGUGUAAUUUUUUUUUACACUGCUUCGCCUACUGAACUGUAGAUUUAUACAAGUUAUACUAGCUUAGAUGAAAAAAUAAGAUAAGUAAACAGUAAUUACUAGUACACGAAAAAGUAUAGACUGUAAAUGCAUCCUUAGGCUAGUAUAAACUUAGUAGUUAUAGAAAGUGAUGUAACAAAUUGUUUUGACAGCACUACAAUAUAGAAAAGUUAUCUACCAGAUUCAGUUAUCUAUCAGAUUCAUAAAGGACCAUGAGGUAAUAAUAUAGAAUGAUCGAUGCAGUGGAUACAAUAGAUGUUGUCCUAGCAACCACAUCAUCACUAUGGCAACGAAAGAUGAAAACAUUCUUUUCACUUAUUGAUCGCAAAGACACUGGGAACAAACAAUUAAAGGAUAUUGUUGAUGCAUUCAAAACAAGCUACCCUGAUGAAAAAAAUUCAAAUUUAUGACAUGAUUGAAACAGUAUUUUUAAAAAUACUCUGGGGGAAUUAUCCAGUAGAGGUGCUAUUUACGACAAAGGGAAAAACAAUAGGCGUUUUUAUAUGUAACGUCGCAAUAAAUCUUAAACCUGAAAAUCUAAAAACAUUUGAAGAAGUCCUGGACUACAUCUCAACAUGCCUUGUUGUCAUUCUUGAACACGACAACAAGAAAUUCAUAACAAUGGCAAGAUUUUCUGAAUUUUUUGGAUCACUCAACUUAAAACUUAUAUAUGACAAAGGUUCUAUCCAAGAAUUCAAACACUUAGUAGGCGAUGAAAUGAUGAUUAAAAACAAAGGAUGGGGAAAAGAACAUUUCAAACAAGCAUUCAGAGAUUUCUGGAUAAGUCAGGAAGCAGGUCCCGGAUUAUUUCUGAUGGGUGGAGUGCCUACGUGGAAACCGCAGUUCUGUCAAUCUUGCAGCGAUUAAAUUUCAUGAACCAGUUCACUGGAUUCUCUAUUA